AUGUCUCAAGAUCAAGAGCGAACUCCUUUACUUUCCUCUAACGAUAAUGACGAAGAACUUCGACGACAAUUCUAUAAUAGAAGACAUCAUCAUUACAACAAAAAACCAUAUGGUCUUCUCGCGUUAAUUGGAUUACUUUUUUCCAUUAUUUUAUUUAUAUCAUUUAUACCUCGUAAUGAUCCUGACGCACCGGAAGAAAUACUAUGGCCAAGAGAUUUAACAAAAAAUAUUUUUGCUCAUUUAAGAGCAUUCAAUGAAAUUGCCAAUCAAUCAACUAGAAAUUCACGUUCAAUUGUUGAUGGAUUUAAUGCAUCGGCUGAAUAUGUGAUUGGCAAAAUAAAUGAGACAACAAGUUGUGAAAUUAAAAAACAAUAUUUUAAAGUUCCAAUUUGGGAAAAAGAAAAAGAAGCAGAAUUAAAUGUUACUCUUGAUAAUAAUGAAACCAUAAUUUAUCAAGCUGCAAAUUUAGUAUUACAAAAUGUUACUGAAAUUCUAAAUCCAUGUGAUGAUGAAGAUGAAAAAUGGGAAGUAGAAGGAAAAGUUGCGUUGAUUAAAUUAGGAGGAAAAUGUGAUAUUUGGGAAAGUGCAUAUAAAUCUGAAAAGUCUGGCGCAUCUGCUGUUAUCUUUUAUAACUCACAACAUAAAACCAAACUUUCUUAUACUCGUGUGAGGAAAGAUAAUUGGAAAGAAGGAGAUCCUUUAAUGACAAUUCCAGUUCUUGCGGCAUCAUAUUCAUUAGGUCAAAUUUUAGGCAAUGCAAAAAAUAUAAAUAUUACAACUUAUACCAAAAUAUUUACAGUUGAUACAUUUAAUGUUCUUUGUUAUUUAAACAAAUAUGGUAAUAAAGAAGAUACCAUUGUGAUAGGAUCUCAUUUGGAUUCAGUUCCAGCUGGUCCAGGUUUGGUAGAUAAUGCUUCCGGUUCAUCAACGAUACUUGAAAUUUUAUUGUAUCUAGAGAAACAUCGAUUUAGAUCAAAGAAUAGAUUAAUUUUUGCUUGGUGGGGAGCUGAAGAAAUUGGAUUAAUGGGUUCAGCCCAUUUCGUAAGAGAAUUAAUAAAUACUGGUGAAAUUGAUAAUGUGGCAAUGAAUUUAAAUUUUGACAUGUUGGGAAGUCCUAAUUAUAUUUUCUUUAUUCUUCGAGGAUCUGAUGCUCCAGAAGAUGCUCGAAAUGGUUCAAUUAAAAUUCAACGUGUAUUUGAAAAUAAUUUUCACGGGACUAGAAAACAUUACGACAUUUCUGAUAUGUUGAGAGGUAGUGAUUUUUUACCUUUCAUUCAAAACGGAAUCCCAUCAGGAAUUGCAAAUGCACCUUUAGAUACUUGUUAUCAUCAAUCUUGUGACACCAUAGAGAAUAUUAAUGUGGAAGCUAUUAGAGUGGUAUGA